UGGAAACGCUACACCCAAAUUAAGACGGGGGGAAGUGUGGAUCCAGAAUAGCGCGUCUACGAAUAAUCUAUUGCGGUCAUCCAAUCAAAUGUAGCAACACUCCGCGGAUUCACCACAUAAAAUACAUGCCCCCGUUUUUUUUUCACCGUUUUUGGGGUCGUACGUGAAAAAGGUAAGUUGGGAUGGGGACAAUACGGGUUUUGUCUGAAUAACAAUCACAAAAUCACACCGACUGCCGACUUCGCCUUAAAUGAAUCUGUGCAUAUUCAUCUCGCGGAUGUUGUGUCAAAGUGACUGGAACACGAAAUCCAAGUAAUCAUGGUCAGGUUGGACCUGGAUCAAGUCGUGCUGAGGAGAAUGAAAGAGGACGACGUUGAGAUGGUCAAAGCUCUCAUUAAGGAAGGCUGCGAGGGCAUGGAAAACCGCCUCAUCCUGCACAUCCUCACUCGUCCGCUCUGCCUUUUCAUCCUGGCAGUCUUUUCAUCCGCCCUGCGCUGCCUCAUUCACUCCUUCAUCCUGGCCCUCGCCAUUCCCGUCUUUCUGCUCAUCAUCUACCUAAAAAUCACCAUACCGCGCUCCACGGGGGUUCUGGGCUGCAGCCGCCCCUCCUGGGACUACGCGGGCAGCAGUUUCAGGGGCACGCAUGAUGACAUCCUCCAGAAUCCUUACUCUCGGAUCAGUGGCAAGAAAGCCGUGACAAAGAAGCCAAGUUGUAGAAUCGGAGCCAACGAAAAAGACACAGAAGCAUCAUCGGAGCCGAUCACGCCGGAGAGGGAGCAGGCGGCAGGGCUGGUGUGGGUGGCGGAGAGCGAGGGCGAAAUCUUGGGCUGCCUCUUCCGAGAGAGCGAGAAGCGAGCCGGCGUCAGGAGGUUCUGUCGACUGGUGACGGGCAACUGGUACCGCAGGGAGGGCCUGGCGCGCCUCUUCGUCCACAGCCUGGAGCGCAAGGAGAGAGAAACGGGCGCGUUCCGGGUCUACGCGCAUGUCCCCUACCCGUCCAAAGUGGGCGAGGUCUUCUUCAGGAAAAUGGGUUACCGGCAGCCCGGGGAGGCGGCUGAAGGCGAGGACGCCGAUGAGGACGCGCAGCCGGAGACUCCGGAGAGAGGCUUUCUGGGAUAUCCGCUCACCAAGGUGUUUUACAAAGACUUGUGAUGCGCGCGGCCUCCAGACACGAGUGACUUCAAGGGACGCAAAACUGAACGUUUCAUUUUACAAAGCAGUGAUGCCACCGCUGCUCCAUGUUUGGAUACUGAAGUCUGCUAAGUAUUACGCGGACACAUAUUUAUUACCUCCCACAAGGAUGUUGUGCUGGUUCUUUUUUUUUUUUUUUUUUGCAUGAUGGGUAUCUGUUCGACCAAGAUGCUUCCUAAUGCCAUAAAACAUUUUAGAAAGUCAAAUCUCUACUGGCAAUCCAGAUCUUGCGCAUUUAGCCAAAUUAUAUUUAACAUUGAAAAUACUAUUCAACAUGGGGGAGGGUCCAUUCCACCAAAUUGGUGUCUUUUUUCCAACGUUAAACCUGAUAAUGCACUCUCCUUGAAAUUUUUAUUGGCCCAUCUUCAUUUUUUUGAUGUUUUAUUGCACUGAACAUAAUAAGAAUUUUAGCGACAUGGCAUUGACUGUACUAAUAGCAUGUCGGCACGAAGCAUAUUACAGUGUAAACAUAUUUAUACAGUGUUGCGCAGGACUUUCUUAAGGAGUUGGGGGGUAGAAAGAGUUCAUUUGAAAGUUUGUUCAAAUAUUUGAUUUCAUCGAUACGCAAAUGGCAAAUCACUUCCGUUCCGUCAAACCUAAAAAUGUCCCAUGACAUGAGCCAACGACUUUUAAUGGAUUUACAUGUUGAUCUGAAUCUGUCAAAGUGUGUUUGCUCAAUAUGGGUGUGUGGUUCUUUGCGUGUUUCCGCACAGUAAUGUGAAACUGUACUGUAGAUGCGAGGCAAAAAUGCACAUUCACUGUAAUAGGAAGUCUUUGUGGUUUAAGUGAGUGUGCGGAACGGGGUUGCCUUCACGUGCAAGCGCCGCUUCUUAACCACUUAGCACCUGCAUAACACCACCUUUGAGUUGCCUAAGUGUUUUUUGUUUUUUUUUGUUUUUGUACUUUUCUUCUGUAUGCUUUACACUUUGAGGAAUGGUGGGCAAAACUGAAAAUGUACUCUACCGUACAGCCACUUGCACAAUCCGGUGAGACACGAUCGAGUUGUGUGAAAACACUCAAGCUACAACGAUAGCACAGAUUUGAGACACUAUAAGGAAAGUCUUCAGCAACGUGUGAACAAAAUAACAUUACGGAUAGAAAUCAUUUUAAAAAGGA